AUGUCAGGAUCCCAAAAGGCGUGCUACGUGUGUGGCAAGAUUGGCCACCUCGCUGAAGACUGUGAGUCUGAGAGAUUAUGUUACAACUGUAACCAGCCGGGUCAUGUCCAGUCAGACUGCACCAUGGCCAAGACGGUGGAAUUCAAGCAAUGUUACAACUGUGGGGAGACCGGGCACGUGAAGUCAGAGUGUGACGUGCAGCGCUGUUACAACUGCAACCAGACUGGACACAUCUCGAGGGAUUGUGCGGAUCCUAAAAAGCCCAGAUUUGCUGGUGGCGCUGCGCCAUCGCGUGCUAACAAGGUGUCCUGCUACAGAUGUGGCGGCCCCAACCACAUGGCCAAGGACUGCCUGCAGUCAGACUCUAAAUGCUACGCAUGUGGCAAGGUCGGCCACAUCUCCAAGGACUGCCCUGCUGGCUCGUCUGCCAAGACUUGCUACAACUGCAACGAGGCUGGCCACAUCUCGAGAGACUGCCCUGUGAACUAA